AUGCCGCAUUUUGUUUAUGUUGUUAUUUAUUCAAAAAUGAUUAUGUUCAUGGAAGCACGGGUGACUCUUACACAAAAACGGGCUUUAAGGCUUGGAAUAAAGCUUCGGAAAGACUUGACUUACAUGUUGGUAAAGUUUCUCUUGUAUUUUGGAUUGUCUUUUCGAGGUCAUGAUGAAAGUGAUUCUUCAAAAAACAAAGGCCUUUUUCUAGGGCUUUUGGAAUGGCUUGCAAAGAGGCUCCCUGAAGUAGAUAGAGUCAUAUUGAAACAUGCUCCAAAAAAUGAUAUGAUGACUUCACCAAAAAUUCAAAAGGACAUUGUGAGUGCAUGUGCAAAAGAAUCCGUGAAAGCUAUAAUCAAUGAUUUGGAUGGGGAUUAUUUCGGGAUAUUAGUUGAUGAGUCCAAGGAUAUUUCACACCAUGAACAAAUGGGCCUUGCUUUGCGUCCAUCCAAAAUACGUGGACAAGGCUAUGAUGGAGGUAGUAAUAUGCAAGGAAAAAUGAAUGGUCUUAAAGCUUUAAUUUUGCAAGAAACUCCUUCAGCACAUUGCAUUCAUUGUUUCGCUCAUCAAUUACAGUUGACGCUUGUAGCGGUUGCUAAAAAACAUAAGGAGGUGGAAACUUUCUUUGCUACAGUUUCUAAUAUGUUGAAUGUGAUUGGAGCAUCCUUUAAACGUAGAUAUCAACUUCGGGAUCAUCAUGACAAAUUAUUGGGGCAAUUGCUAGAGAGUGGUGAAGUUCAAAGUGGGAAAGGAUUAAAUCAAGAGCGAGGGCUUCAAAGGCCAGGUGACACUCGUUGGGGAUCACAUUGUAAACCAUUAGAUAACUUUGUUGUUUUAUUUUCAUCUAUUGUUCAUGAGCUUGGGGUGAUUGAAUAUGAAGGUCAAGAGGCUAAUAAUAGAUUGCAAGCAGAAGCUUUUUCGAGUAAAAUUAAUUCAUUUGAAUUUGUUUUCUUGCUUCACUUGAUGUUGAAGGUAUUGUUGAUGUCGAAUGAGCUGAGUAAAGCUUUAGAGAAGAAAUAG